AUGGAUUCGAAAUCACGACGACGGUCCCGCUCCAAGUCCAGAAGUCGAAGCCGGGAUCGGAAGAACAAGUCCAGAGUGAGCAGGUCUCGGUCCCCGGAGGAGAGGGGAGGCCGCAGUCGGUCUGUGGACAAGAAAAGACCCGCCUUUGGACGGGGACGGUCUGGCAGCAGGGACUCCAGCGAUGGCUCUCCUGGCCCGCGUCGGCCUCAGCACAGGGACCGUCCAGGUUCCAGGAGCGGCUCGGAGGGCGACAGGAGACGUGGACCACGGAGACCCGGGAGCAGUGCGAGAGGUCGAUCAUCAAGCUCUGACUCAGAUGAUUCCAGAGGGAGGAGGAGAGGAAAAGAAAUGGAGAACCGGGCUGGAAAAUCUCGAGAGGGGAGAAGGGGAAGGUCCCAGCACAGCUCUGACUCCCGCGAUGGAAGCAGCGACAGAGAAAGGAGGAGGCAGAGAAGUCCUGACAGAGACAGACAGAAGAGGGAGCGGAACAGAGACAGAGAGAGGCGGAAGAGCAACAGCAGGGACAGGGACAGAAAAGGAGACAAAAGCCGAGAGCAGAAGAAGAGGAGCAAGGACAGGGAGGAAGGGAGGAGUGUCAGAGGGAGAGAGAGCCCCGCCAGAGACAGAGGGAGGCGUCGCUCCAGUUCACCGGACUCGUCUGAUAGCUCGGGGUCUGGUCGCGAGGUCCGUGUAGCCAAAGAAAAGGAGGACAAGAAGAAACAGAAGGAGAUGCUGAAAGCUCUGGAGACGCCUGAGGAGAAGAGAGCCAGAAGACUGGCAAAGAAGGAAGCAAAGGAGAAGAAAAGGAGAGAGAAAAUGGGAUGGAGUGAGGAGUACAUGGGCUACACCAACGCAGACAAUCCCUUUGGUGACAACAACUUAUUGGGCACAUUCAAAUGGCAGAAGGCAUUGGAUGUGAAAGGCAUCGGCCAUCUUGGAGAAAAAGACCUUAAAGAGCGGAACAAAUUGAUCCAGGAAGAGAACCGCAGAGAGCUGCAGAAGGUGAAACAGCUGCGCCUGGAGAGGGAGCGAGAGAAGGCCAUGAGAGAGACGGAGCUGGAGAUGCUGCAGAGGGAGAAGGAGGCCGAGCAUUUUAAGACCUGGGCUGAGCAGGAAGACAACUUCCACCUGCAUCAGGCCAAACUCAGGUCUAAGAUCAGAAUCCGUGAUGGUCGUGCUAAACCCAUCGACCUGCUGGCGAAGUACAUCAGUGCAGAAGACGACGAUCUGGCUGUGGAGAUGCACGAGCCUUACACCUUUCUCAACGGGCUGACAGUCACCGACAUGGAUGACCUGCUGGAGGACAUUAAGGUGUACAUGGAGCUGGAGCAAGGGAAGAACGUGGACUUCUGGAGAGACAUGACGACCAUCACAGAGGACGAGAUCAGCAAACUGAGGAAGCUGGAGGCUUCAGGGAAAGGACCAGGUGAUCGUCGUGAGGGCAUCAACACAGCUGUGAGUACAGAUGUGCAGACAGUGUUCAAAGGGAAGACGUACAGCCAGCUGCAGGCGCUGCAUCUGAACAUCGAGACGAAGAUUCGGGCCGGAGGGUCCAACCUCGAUAUCGGUUACUGGGAGAGCCUGCUGCAGCAAGUCAGAGUCUACAUGGCCAGAGCAAGGUUGAGAGAGCGACACCAGGAUGUGCUGCGUCAGAAGCUGUUCAAACUGAAACAGGAACAGGGGGUGGAAAGUGAACCUUUGUUCCCCAUCAUCAAAGAGGAGCCGAGGAGUGAUGAAGAAGUGGAGAGAGAAGAGCAACCAGGUACGUCGACCACAGAGGAGUCUUCAUCAAGACACAACAGCAGAGAAACGGAAGAUGACGAAGAUGACGCCGAACCUUCAACAUCCAGAGCAGGAAACCAAGAUGAGGACGGAGCAGAAAAGGGCGACAAGGAUGAAGAGGAAAAGGGCGAGGUGGUGGAGGCCGUGCUGACGGAGGAGGACUUGAUCCAGCAGAGCCAGGCGGAGUACGACUCCGGUCGCUACAGCCCGUCGCUGCUCACGUCCUCCGAGCUGCCGCUGGACUCGCACACAAUCACGCCGGAAGAGGACAUCCACAGGCUGCAGUUAGCGCGGCGACAGCUACAAGUCACCGGUGACGCCAACGAGAGUGCAGAAGACGCCUUCAUACGUCGUGCCAGAGAGGGCAUGGGCACCGAUGAGGCCCAGUUCAGUGUUGAGUUUCCCGUCACGGGGAAGAUGUACCUGUGGGCGGACAAAUACCGUCCCAGAAAACCUCGCUUCUUCAACAGGGUCCACACGGGCUUCGAGUGGAACAAAUACAACCAGACGCAUUAUGACUUCGACAACCCUCCGCCCAAGAUCGUGCAGGGCUACAAGUUCAACAUCUUCUACCCGGACCUGAUCGACAAGCGCUCAACGCCGCAGUACUUCCUCGAGCCCAGUCCCGACAACAAGGACUUUGGGAUUUUAAGGUUCCACGCAGGCCCUCCAUAUGAGGACAUUGCCUUUAAGAUCGUGAACAGGGAGUGGGAGUACUCGCACAGACACGGCUUCCGCUGUCAGUUCGCUAACGGGAUCUUCCAGCUGUGGUUCCACUUCAAGAGGUACCGCUACAGGAGAUAGGGGCCAUUUAACAAGAUGGACCAAGAGCCCAGUCACUGUAUAUUCUAUAGGCUGUACAGUCAAUGUGACAUGUUCUAUUUUUUUUUUAGCUGCUUUCAUACCAAAAAGCAGUUUGUUAAAUCUCCAAAUGACUCUGUACUGUUGGCUGAAAAAGUAAAUUGUAAUGUCUGAAAAUUACACAUUAAAGAUUUUUUUUCCCACUUUUUAA